GCAGAAGUAGGCGGAUUCAACAAAUAGCAAAUAAAUUGAAAACCUAAACGGUAUUUAUUUGACAACCGAAUGAUGCAAACUAAUUUGCCUUUAAACCAGCGCCAAUAGUGUGUUGCAAAGCAAUAACGCAAGCUACUUACAUCCCGAUAAGCUUGGUUAGCAAAUCAAGUUAUGGAACUGCCCUCGAUGGUGCAACGCUCCGGCGACACGCUUAUAGUGCGUAGUGUCGUAAGUGGCAAUCAAUUGUACUUGGAUCAGGGUGCUGCUUCCACUAAUAAUCUAAACAACAACAAACAUAGUAGUCCUUCACCACUGCAGCAACAACAGCAACAGUCGAUUAACGCCGCAAACUUAUCAAAUAGCACGUUGGAACAAUUCGAACGUUAUCGCGCUGCAGCGGCGCAAUAUCAUCUACAACARCAACAACASCAAAAUGCCGCACAGCAGCAACAAAAUGCUGCUGCUGCUUCGGCGGUAGCGCAACAACAGGCGAUGGAACUAAAGGAUGAGGGSCUUCCACAAUGUAAAAUCAAGCGAAAUUACAGCUGUAGUUAUUGCACAUAUUUCACACAGAAUCCGCGUUAUCACCUAACUCAUCUGCGCGAUGUACAUGGUGAAAAGAUUGUCAUCAAUAAGUGCAAGUUGUGUUUGUACGCGUCGCGACAUUUCCAAAAAUUGGUGCGACACAUGAAAAUGGUGCACGGCUGCACCGAUGGUGUGACCGGUGGACAUGGACAGCCGCGUGGCAAACGCGGUAUGAGUCGGGAGGCACGUAAACGAAAACUAGAGCAAAGUGUUGGUCUGGGAAGUGCGCCCUUGGAAAUGAACAGCGGCGGUAGUAAUAUGGGAAUGACCGAAGGCAUGCCAACUUAUGAGCAGGUGAAACGCGAACUGGAACUGCAACGUGAAUCUCUCAUGGCCGUUGUCUAUGAACGGGAAUUGCAAGCACAGCGUGAACGUGAGCUUGAAGUCCGUCAGCAAGCACAAAACGCCUACGAACAAGAAAUGCAAGCCGCAAACUCUGCUGCAGCUACGGAAACACAACGUCGCCAAUCGCCACUAAAUGCAAUAAACAAUAAUAGCAACAAUACCAAUGUCAUUACAAAUGGUAGUAGCAAAAGCGAUUUUCAAUUGCCACCCCCGCAUCAGCAGCAGCUUAAUAUUAACACCCACAGCAUCGAGCUGUCAUCAUCACCCACCGAUUCGGUUUCAUCGGAACAAGGUACUGAUGCUGCUACCUCAGCAGCAUUGCACUCCAGUGGCGUUUCAUUGUCAUAUGUGGGUGAUGAACCCUCGCAGAAUAGGCUCUUGAAGUGCAGCCUCUGCGAUUUCACAACCUUAUUCCGCGCUCAAUUGUUAGACCAUGAAAUGGAUGAGCAUUGCAAAACGAAAUUCUUCCGCUGUGAGAAGUGUUCGUAUGUAACACAUAUAAAGGCUCGCUUUAGCAAACAUGUUAAAUAUCACUCAAUGCCUAUGAUUAAGUGCGUCACUUGCGAUUUUCGCACACCCUACAAAUGGAAUCUCGAUCGACAUAUGAAAAAUCAUGGUGGCGCUGGUCCAUUUAAGUGUGCCGCCUGUGAUUUCACAGCCGACAUCAAGCAAUCGCUAACUGUGCACGAAAUGAAUCAUCAUGUGCCACCAGUAGGGCACGCAGCUGGCAUGUCGUUGGCACGUCGUCGCAAUAAAGUCGGUGGUACGGACUUAUGCGAUGAUUUCGAUUUAAUAGAAGAUCAUUACAAUAAUAAUAAUCUCGACGAGUAUGAUGAAGCUUUAAUGACCGCAGAACCAUAUAGUAAACGCAGUAAAUACGAAGACGACGAACCCACCGACUUGUCGGCGAAAGGCGGCUCUUCCGACACAUCUUCCGUGCAUAAUCAAAGUGUGAGUUUAGCACAAACGCCAAAGGCAAAGCGUCCCAUACCGAAUCUCAUUCCGAUACCGAAAAAUAGCGGAUCUAGCAUUAUGAACCUUUCCAAGGAGUUUGCCACUCCGCGCAGUUCUCUUACUGAUAUCGCUUCCAUUUUCCUCAAUGACAAACAUAUUUCCGAGAUACUUGAGAAAACGGAUGCCGCCCAGUUGUCACCCACCCCCACCGUCGCGUCGACUUCAAGUCACGCCUCACGUAGCUUAUUGCUGAAGAAGUCCACACCUGGUGGCAGCUUUUUUGACAAACUGAAGUCCUCUGCCCUGACAGGACCGAAUGAAAAUCUGAUCUGCCCUUGCGGUCAUAUGGCAAAAUGCUUAUCCGAAUCGAUAAUACAUCGUAAAACUUGCAAUUUCGCCGCAAUCGCCGAAGAUGACAUCGAAGAGGAGCAAGAUGAUGCUGAUGAUCGUUUGSAAAUCGAUUUUGCCGAUGACGAUGAUCGGCAGUCACAUUCGGCACUGAAUUUGAGUGUCACCGGUUCGACACGUUGUCAGCAUUGUCGCCACCGUUGCAAAUCGUCGACAGAUCUAUUGAAUCAUAUCAAACAAUGCACAGAGGCGAGUCGUUGCGGUAAUGAUUCAUUUGAUUCACUCUCUGGUGAGAGCAGUGGUGGGCGUGUUGGUUGCGUUGAUUCCAAUACUGAACAACAUCCCAUGGAGAAUCGUGUAUUUAUUUGGAAUAAAAUUCCGGGCGGUGAACCGCGACAACGUGAAGGCAGUCAAUGCUCAGAUAGUCGCGGACAAGCUAACAACACAAUGGAGUCUUCCGGCAGUAGUGGGCAUGGCGCUAGUAGUGUCACCUGUGAGGAAAACAGUUAUUACGGUGUUGAAACAGCCCCAGGUUAUGGUGAGGUAACGAAAAAGAUGACACCCGAAGAGGAAGCAGCUAAUUCUUCAUUGAAAAAGGUAUACAAAUGCCCACACUGUUCCUUUUGGGCUUCCACAGCAUCCCGCUUUCACGUACACAUCGUGGGUCAUUUGAAUAARAAACCGUUUGAAUGCUCGCUCUGCUCGUACCGUUCCAAUUGGCGUUGGGAUAUAACAAAGCACAUACGCCUAAAGACCAUACGCGAUCCGAGUCACAAGAAUGCGCGUGUCUUGAUGAAUGACGAGACCGGUCGUCGCAACUAUACCAAAUACAAUAAAUAUAUAACCUUAAUGAAAGUAACCGAAGAAGAUGGUGAUCCAAAAUUAAUGAAAUCGGGUGAGAUGACACCUAAUCAGGUCGCUUCGCUUUCAUUCAUCAAUGACUUUAACAAAGGUGUGGUUCCGAAUGCAUUGACUUCCACACAUUUGAAUGGCAUAAAAGAGGACAUAACCCUCGAACCAAUACCAUCCAAAUCGAKCAAUGGCGGUAGUGGCAAUAUUAGUGGUGAUCAAUUAAACGAAAGUUUCAUACGUAUACCUUUCCUUGCUACGAUGAUGAAUGCUGCUAUGGCGCAACAACAGCAUCAGCAGCAGAAGGAUCCGGAUCAAGGYCAAGCAACCAUGAUUACACCUUCAGUUACGAUUUCCGCGGUGAAACGUUCGCCACCGCCGCUCAUGAAGCCAAGUGAUGAUCUUGUCACAGAUGUACGACAGGAGGGGAGUGAGAAGAAAACUUUCUAUCGUUGUCGUAAAUGCAGUUUUCGGCAUACCAAUCGCGAUGCGGUACUCGCCCACGUCAAAAUACACUAUCAGGAUGCCAAUUACCCGAUUGUAACAGCAACAGCAACAACCUCGCCGAAAUCGGCGAAUUCGCAACAACAACACAACACACCACUUCAAGUGGCCGUGAAUCCAAAUAUUUAUAUGAACAAAGUUCUCGCCGCAAUGUGCCUUUCCCAGCAACCUAAUUCGAGUACACCAACCAACAACAACAACAAUAAUGAUCAACAGCAUUCCAUUAUAUCGGCCGGUCUACUACAACAAGCUAUACAGGGUGCCUCACCYAAUUCCCCACUCGGCUGUUUAGCACUAACACUCGCCGGCAAGAGUCCAGCAAAAGCAACUGCUUCUAUUUUAGAGCACGGUGAGCAGAAAGCGACACAAAACGAGGCAAGUGCCAGAAGGCCUACGUCGCCCAAACAACAACAACAACACAGCAACAAUCAAAAUAAUAUAAGCAUAGCGAAUUUGGCGUCGUCAUCAGCGACAUCGCCUUCCCCCAAGUCCUCUGGCAGCAGUAAUGCCAACGUUGGUGUUGGUAUGGUCGGUACGCCCACAUCAGCAUCAUCGUUGCAACACUUGUUGACCUCACCGCGAGGCACUUACACAUCAUCAUCCAAUUCAUCAUUACGCAAUCCCGUGCAUUCGCCUACAGCAAUCAGCAACAACAACAAUGGUGGUAGUGGUGUUACUAAUAACAAUAAUAACAAUAAACAUUUGGUUAUGGGUGCUUUAGCAGUUAUGAAACACAACAGCGCUGCAACGAAUACAAAUGACARUGUCUUUGGUUCACCGACRAGCGUAAACGCAGCAACAGAUGCAAAUUCUACAUCAUCAUCAUCGGUGCUAGCAUCACCGAAUGCUGGUGCAGCACAACACAAUACACCCAGUGGCACAACAGUAACUACACUUUCUACUACUCCUUGCAAUUCUACARCAGCCAUUGGUGGUGUAAAAAGCGCUAACAACAAUCCAUAUCAUUUGCAAAUGGGUAUCAUCGGUGCUACAUCUAUGUCCAACAAUCAUAAUGGUGGUAGUGGUAGUGUUGUUGGUGGUGGUGGUGGUGUCAUUGCUAGUCAAAUGACUCAUAGUGAUAAUAAGAAUAGUCUAUGUAUUGGUGGUAUUAUAUUUGGUUCUAAUAAUCCUACUACUACUACUACUUCUACUAGUUUAAUUCGCAAUACUUCCAUAUCUACUACUACAAAUUCAACAACAACAUUAGCUAGCAGUCCCACAACUGCUGGCCAUUCUAGUGGUGGUGCAUCAUCAUCAACUUCAUGUAAUUUGUUAUUAAGUUCGGCUCAGUCGGCAACAGCGGCGGCGGCGGCGGCAGCGGCGGCAGCAGCUCUUUAUGCYUCCAAUGCGAUCACAUUGUCACCGCCAUCGGCAUCGUCGUGUMUAUCGGCAAAUGCAACAGCAAACAAUUUCAAUAAUAUCACACAAAAUCUMAAUCAAAGUCAAAAUAACAAUUGUAGUAAUUUAUUAGUAAACGACAGCGAGCGACGUGAACCGUCGCCGUAUCGUUGCGGUCAUUGUCAUCAAGUAUCGAAUUGGAAGCAUGUCAUUCAGCGGCAUUGUCGCUUGAAACACGCUGGCGACAUACGCAUCGAAACCCUUGAUCGCAGCGUUAACAGCAACGAACGCAACGCGCCGCCAGUCUAUCGACCGCUCGGCAGUGGCGCCACGAAUGAGUCCAAUUAUGGGCAAACACUCAAAGCUUUACAACAACAACAGAACCAGCAGCAGCAACAAUCACCACAUCUGAACAACAUGUCGGGUCCGCCGAGCAACUCUGUACUUAUGAGCAACAACAAGACCGAACAGCACCUAUUGCAUUCGCCACUGGCCGGCACCGCUGCCGCCAAUGCCGCCACCACACCGCAAGAACUGCAACAAGCUGCCGCUGCUUACAUAGCCGCCACAUAUAAGGCUGCAGCGGCAGCGGCCAAUUCAGUUGGCAACGGUUCGGCGGCAGCAGCCGUCGCCGCAGCAGCUGCGCUUGGCCUCAGCAGCGAAGAUUUGCUGUUGCAUCAACAAUUGCAGCAAAAUGAUCAAAUUGAAAUAACACGMUUGCCGCCAGGUGUUGGCAACUCAACUGCCGGGCAGUCGUCGCAAUCGUCGCAGGGACAACAGCCGCAGCAGCAGCAACAACAACAGCAAUUGAAUUCCAAAUGCAAGCAGCAAAAAUGUCCAAUGUGUCCUUACAUCUCGGAGAGUAAGUCGCAAAUGAAUUAUCACAUCUCGUUGCAUAAGCCRACGCAGUACGAGUGUUCGUUGUGCACMUUCGUCUGCGCCAAGAAACAACAUUUGAGCAGCCACAUGCGCACCGUACACCAGCAACACAAUUUGGGCGCGUCCAAUCAAAUGAACAACAGCAUAAGCGCCACCAUCAAUUCGAUGGACUUCAGCAUGGCCCUUCAACUGGCUGCCGUCGCACAGGCGCAACAGGACGCCUCAUCCUUAAACUCGCCUCUAGCUAUAGAUCUUACAGCUUUGAAGCAGAAAAUUUCUGCCGUUCAACAGCAGCAGCAGCAGCAACAGCAACGCCAAUCACAGCAAGCAGCUGCACUAAACACCCAACAACARCAACACCUCCACAUAAAUGCACAAACUGCUGCCGAAAACCAAAUUAAGUGCAUCCUUUAUUGCCCGAAAUGUCCUGCGCGCUACAUGCAAAAAUACACUGACACCUCCAAUGCCAAAGCGGAAUUGGAUGAUCACCUUAAAUACCACAGCGGCAGCGAUACAAUGACACGGAUGGGCAACAGCAAGCAAACCACCGCACCCGCCUUCAAAUGUGAAUUCUGCGAUUAUGCCGCCGCACACGAAGCUUACAUACAGACUGUCUCUUAUACACAUCUAGAUGUGUAUAGAGACAGGUGUACCGAACUGUAUAAGCAAGUGCACGAGGAUGCCGAAUAUGCGCCGCCAAAACUUAUGCAAAUCACCCUAGCCAAGAGCUUGCAACAAGCACCCGAAACCAUCUGGAUUGUCGACAAUGACUUAAAUGAGCAGUGCAAGGAACAGCAACAACAUGCAAGCAUAUCCUCCUCAUCUGUCGCGCCAGCAACAAUGAGCACAUUAGCUGCGACAACAAUGACAGCAACAGCGCACUUCGAUACCGCCAAUUCACUGCUGAAGAAGCAGUUGGAAUCUGGUAUAGGCGGUAGCAGUGGUGGGGCUGGUAGUACCGCAUUGCGUCACACACCUUCGCCGACGCACAUGCCAAAAGAGCUGAACGCCGCCGAUGCGGAUGAUUCAUCGAACAUGCCRUCGACCAGCGCCUCGGUGGCCACCAGCGAUUUGGCAGUAGAUGGCGGCAGCGAUUUCACCUCAAGCAUUGCAUCGCCGGCGCCAAUGGAGAAGUGCCUGUACUGUCCCUACGAGACGAAGCAUACCACGCUCUACAAGGCGCACCUGCAACAUCACAUCUGCAUUAGUAAUCAGAAGGAGGCUUUCACCUGCGAACAUUGCGACUACACGGAUGCCAAGCAAGAGCACAUUGAAGAGCACACACGCGUGCACUUCAAUGCAGUGGAGAAACUGAAAUCUGUGGCCUUCUUCACCUCCUAUGACAACCUGGAAUUGAGUGUGGAGCAAGAGGGCGGCGCAGAUGAGAGUGCAACAGCCGCAACGACGUCGCUCGAACAAGAAUUGCAGAAUCAGAAUGAGCAGCAAGUAGAAAACUCGAAGGCGGCGAUUAGCUACUGCGAAGCGCAGGACACCGUACAAAAUGAAAGUGUCGCUGAUGUUUCGACAAUGCUGCUAUUAAAUAUCAAACAAGAGCACAACAACAACAAUGAAGAACAUAUCAUCAAUGAAAAUGUGCUGAAGGAACAGCAAUUGCCGGCAGCAAGUGCGCCAAAAGGUGGCAGCAGCAGCGGUAGCGGUAUUAAAAUAAAGCUGGACAGCGAUGAAAAAGCAACGGAGARAACAACAACAACAUCAGUGGCGGAAAACACGAAAAAGCCUUGCAACAAAAUCAUACUCUACAAAAAUGAUGGCUGCCUGAGCAUAAAGCGCGAAGGCGCCUGCAACACCAGCAACAGCAACAACAAUGCUAGCGCCAACUGUGAGAAUAUCAGUGAUCGUUUGCGUCGCCGCAUAUCACGCAACAACAGCAACAAUGCCAGUCAUUUAAAUGGUAAUACAAAUAAUAAUAACAGCAAUAUUAGUGAUGAACACACCGUUGCCGCUGCUGGCUGUGGCAGCGGCGCACAGCCGCCAAGCCAUAAAACCAUAUUAGUAAAUGCCAAAACAGGUCAGGUUAUUAGUCGGAAUUAAUACUUGCGUGUGUAGUUAUGUAUUUAUGUAGUUCGCUAGUGGCUGCAGCCAUCAGCAUUUGAUGAAUGGAAGCAGGAACAGUGAAUAGUUCUUGGUUUGAGUCGCAUUUUAAGUGGCGUCACGCAGUUUUCUACAAAAAUGCGGGAAUUUAUCUGAAUUUAAUAUUUGUUGCAUAAUGAAAAUUGGAAUCKGCAAGCCCCAGCCGUGGUGUAUAUGAAAGUAAUUUGCUUAUUAUUAAUUAUGUGUAAUUCUCGUUGCGAUUUUCUUAACCAUUAUAGGUUAUGCUUUUAACUUCCCGCGAAUUAAAUGGUUUGCGCAAUAAUAUGUGUGUGUUUUCAGUUCUUGUUGUUAUUGUACGUAUUUGAAUUUUGUUUUUUUAAUAAAAUCAAAUAAGUGUUAAUUAAAAAAAGAAAAAUAUGUUAUUUCAUAGUUAAUUAGUUGUAAGUGCGUUUUAAUUAAAAUUUGUUGAAUCUACCGUAUCAAAAGUCGCUGUCUUCCAAAGCGCUUUGAGUUCUUUUAUGUUAAUUUCUGCAAAAUAAUUUUUGUUUAAUUUUUAGUUUUCCCUUUUUGUGACGCAUAAUGCAUAUAAUAAUUAUGAAUAUUUUCUAGUUUUUAGUUUUUUAAUAAAAAUUAUUCAAAUUAAUGUAAAAUACACACACACAUACUUAUAUACUAAUGGGUUUCGGAAACACCAAUACCUACAAACACAAGCGUUUUUGUUUUUUUCAAUAUAAAACUAAUUAUGUGUUGCAAAUGAAAAUAUAAAUAUAAUGUUGCUAAAGCAUAUUAUCUUUAUUAAGCUAUUUCAUGCUUAAUUAUUUUAAAUAAAUGAAUUGUUUUUAAUUAA